AUGGGAAUGGUGGCAGUAGCUGACAUGGUGAAUGAAGCCAUCUGGGUCUUCAACCCUCACACCAGCCUCUCCAAGGGGGAAUGGAUAAAGAUCAGGAAGGUUGGUUCCCCCAGGGGCAUUGGAGUAGACUCCAUGGGCAAGAUCCUGGUAGCAGACUAUGCACAAGGCCAAGUGCACAGCUUUGCUCUGGACCAUGCCUUCAGGACACUCAAUGUCCACGCUGUCCCGAAUCUGCAGGGACCUCGCUACGUCAGCCCGGUGCCCAGUGGAGGCUUUGUGGUGAGUGAGGAGUGUGGAGAUGUCAAGGUCUUCAUGAGUAGCUGUAAGUUCGUCUGCUCCCUCAGCAGCAAAUAUGGACACCAGUUUGGCAACCCUGCUGGGGUCUGCGUGGACACGGAAGGCAGCAUCCUGGUGGCAGACGAGCAGCGCCGUACAGUCCACUUGUUCCCAGAGCACGGAGCUCCCAUCUGCCUGGUGUCCACAGGGCUGCGGAGGCCCGCUGGCAUGGCUUGCUCCUCCUCUGGGCACCUCUUUGUGGCAGACACAGUGGAGAACUGUGUCAAAGUCUUUAAGUACUGUGUGAGGCCACCGUACAGACCCACCAAUGCUGGGGCAUCAUGUGCUGACCCCAACCAAACACACAGGUGGAGAGGGGGGGUGGUUCCCCUGCAGCCCCGCUGA